ACCAUUGUCACCAGCUUUAAGCUCGGUCAAUAUGGCAGAUCCAGGCCGACUCGAGCAGUUUGAAUUCUUCUGGAGAGACCACUACGAUUGGUUCCUCGAGCAGGGUUAUCAGCUCCGUCCGCGUUACAAUCCCAAAUGGGUCCCUUCCUGGGAGCUAGACAAGAAUCUACGCGCCGGGAGGACAGAGGAUUCGCUUUUUCUCCCAAACCCGAACCUCAACGAUGCCGUGCAAUUGUCAGAUAACAGACAUGUUGCGCUCAAGAAGGUGAACAAAACGAAGCAUCCUCAUGAAAUCUCCAUCAUGGAAUACUUCUCGGAGGAAGAUCUGUCUACUAAAUCAGAGAAUCACGUCGUCCCUCUAUUGGCAGUCUUGCAUCCACCGGGAGAGGUCGAGAUCGAGGUCGUCGUGAUCCCGAUCUUACGCGCCUACGACGAUCCGCCACUGGAGACACUCGGCGAAGCUGUAGACUACAUCCGCCAGAUUUUGGAGGGAUUUGCAUUCCUCCACGAGCACCGAGUGGCUCAUCGCGACGUCAGGUUUGAGAACAUAAUGAUGGACCCCUCGGCCUUGGAAUAUGAACGGUUCCAUUUCUUUAAUCCUAACAAGCGCUGGGAUAUGGGGAAACCAGCAGUCGAUCUGAGAGCAGCCAACGAUGCCACUCACAAAUACACGAGGACCGAGCGGCGACCAAAGUACUACAUCAUCGACUUCGGCUUUUCCACCCAAUACAGUCCGGAUGAGAUGCCUCCAUCCGAGAAUCCUAAACCCGCAACAGACAACACGGCUCCCGAGUUCAAAGAUCUCACGAAGCCUUGCGAUCCAUUCCCUCUAGACGUUUAUGUUAUCGGCAACAUGAUUCGGAUGGACUUCCUAGAUGGGCACGUCGACGAAUCCGAUCGGCGUGGCUUUCACGGAGUCGAGUUCCUCCGGCCUCUGGUCGACGCGAUGAUGAAGGAAAAGCCCGAGGAGAGGAUCACCAUGAAGGAAGCAGUGACCCAAUUCGAAGAAAUCGUUUCGAAACUAAGCAACUUGAAGCUUCGGUCUCGCGUGGUACCCCUGACGAAGGACCGGCUUUGCAGCGAAAACCCAUUCGCUUGGGUGGUCAACUCGACUGUUCACUGGUCUAAAGCGUUCAACUACACGAUCAGAGGAUUGCCCGCCAUUCCUGCCCCACCUUCGUCCUAA